CGUGGGUCUCUGGACCGCAGCUUGUCCCCGGACUUCAGAGCCAGAACCGGCUCCACGGUGCAGCUCCGCGGGCUCACAGUCCCUGAGAACCGGCUCCACACAUCCGGUGUCACCGCUGGAAAUGUUCGCAUCUGACGUCAGAGGUUCGUCGAGCUCUCGCAUGUAUUUUUUUUUUACAGAAAUGUUUGGUCGCAUCAGUUUGGACCGAACCGCUCCUGCAGGUCAGAGUGGAGCGGAGGGAUAUCACCUCAGACUGAGCACUGCUCCCAGGAUUUAAUUUUAGGAACAUGGAGACAGUGUCCUCGGUCCAACCUCGUCCAGCGUUAUGAUUGGAGCAUCCAGUCUCUCAGGCGACACCCUGAUAGCGUGCCACUUCCCUGUGGUUCAGCUUCCCACAUGGCAACUUCCUGUCCAGGCCUUGUGCAGCUCGGCCAAGAGGUCCGGCCGUCUGUGCUCGGUUGGCCUGACCCGAGCUGUGUCGCUCCCUGAGCAAGACUCUCUCAACCGAGAGCAAGGCUUUGCCGGUGGCAGAAGACAUUUCUCCAGCAGCUACAGCAGACUCAAUGAGGACCGAGCGGAGGAGGAGGGGGCCAGCGACAGCAGCGGGAGAUACGACUCCACCUCGUCACCAGAGGAGACAGGUUCCUAUGUGAAGAAGGAAAGCUCUGAGGGGAGAGGCAGCGUGAGGUCUCACAACUCAUUCCUUCCCUGCACACAGCUGGAUGAGGAUGAGGAAGAUGAGGAUAGUGAAGGAGAUAAUCUGCACAGAUAUCACGAGGACUCCUCUUUUGUAUUGCAUGGAAAUUCUAAUUGGCCACUAAGUAAUGGUGCCAGAAAUUACACCAUGCCCCUUGGAGACAUGGAGGGUGAAUGGGGCAAUGAAGGGAUAGAGCUGGGCAUGGAGAGCGACCAAGAGUGGCUCUCUAACCAGCCAAACCUCCUGGACUCCCUGCAGACUGACCGCCAGCGCUCUCAUGUGAACAUGAUGAUGACGUGUGGAGUGCAGGACUCAGACAGACACAAAUGUUCCCCAGAGGUGUUGUCUAACACCGAGUAUGUCAGCGACUCUUCCUGUAACAGUUCAGAUGGCGUCUUGGUGAACUUCUGCACGAUGUAUAACCGGAGCAACAACCCCGCCACACCUCAUGACCUCAGCAGUCCUGCACUUCACCCAUCUCAGUCACAUGAGGGAUCUGUGUUCCUCAACCUCCAACCUGUGCCCCAGACUCGGACUGAGGACCAGCAACAAGAUGACAUGAUAGGUAACUCUCCCCCAAAAGAUGAGGUCGACUUGACGCCUGCUGCUUCCCGCUGGUCACCUCAGGGCCUUGACUCUAACUGUAACCUGUACUCCCUGGAGCCGCUGCCCCCGGGUCUCUCUUCUCUGGAGGUAUCGGACCUGACUGCCUGUCUACAAAGCCAGAGCACACUGGCCAUGGGGACCAAUCAGAAGUACUACAAGCUUGUGACCUGCGACCUCUCCUCCCAGUCACCCAGCCCGGCCUGGUCCAGUGUUAACAGCUGCCCAGAGGGUCCGAGCAGAAGCAGCCCCCUCCCUCCCUCUGAGCACCUCUUCAUCCAUUAUGCGAAAGAAGAAACGCACAAAGAAGAGAAGAAGGACAAAGUUGAUCAACAAAAAGAAAACAUGUUCUCCUCUCACUGUCAGAGCGAUGAUUUCCAGGUUGCCUCCACCUCCACUGACAAAGGAUUCUGCAGAACCAAACACACAGGCAGCAUCCAGGACCUCUCCCGCUCGCCCUGUUCACUGUGCCCCAGCCAGUGUAGCCCACAUAGCAGGAAAUGCCAAAACACAAGUGGUGUGUCCAUACAGCCAUCUGUGAUUCUGAACCCAGAGCACUGUUAUACUGAUGCUGCUGAGGAAGGUGCGUGUUCAUUGGAAAACGCAUCGGUGCGCUACAGUAAAGCCCAGAGGCCGACCUCGCUGCCCAUUCAGCCCUUCGUUCUGAUUCCCGCAGACAAACCGCAGACUCAAGCGCAGCACCUGGGCUGUCUCCUGGAGCAGUACAUAAACCAAAAGAGCAGCAAGUCCAGUAGCUCCGAGCCCGGCCUCAAGGGCAAGGGCAAAAGUAGUCGGUGCUUUUCUAAUCUUCAGCCAUCACCCACGGGCAGUCGCCGCUCCAUCUUCCUGGAAGCUCCUUCAAGCUCUGAUACCUGCUCCACCUGCACGCCAAGCCCGGAGUGCUUCGGCCGCAGACACACGUGGGGCCAGGCCGGCAGAAGUUACAGUCCAUGCACAUCAAAAAGCAGCCUGGAUCCAUCUCACACCAGCCCAAAGCCCAGAUCGAGUCAGGGGCUGGAUAAAACAAGCCCGUGCUCAGGCAAAACUCAGACUUACAGUUUUUUUAAUCUUACCUCGGCUCCAAAUCAGUCGGACCUUGUUAAAAUUCCCACCUACGAGGAGCUGAUCGAGCUCACCCCUGAGCAGAGCUACAAUGACCAUCAGUCCCAGAACUACACCUUCUACAAUUCAAUAUUUUCUCAUACACCCCCCAUUUUACCCCUAACCACUGACACACGUCACCCAAACCUUCAGGUCUCCUCAUCUCCCCCCACGUUCUCACAAACAGAAAAUAAAUUCCCACAGCACAGAGCUACACCUGCAGCCGACUCCAGCUUUUUUCACGGGAGCUUCACAGCUGCCCUCUCCUCGGUCGCUCCUCUCUCCUCUUUGAGUUCUCUGCUCUCUUUGGCUGCGUCUGGGCUCCAUCCACAGCAAAUGCAGGACUCUGCUGGGCACAGUGGGAAACAGAGUCAGAGUCAGCACAGUGAAUCUCUGAUCCUGAGCGACAGGCCGCCAACAGAGUUCUGCCUCUCGCCCGAUACAUCAUAUGAGUCCCUGUCUAUCAGCCAUCUUCAGAGGAGAGGUUUGCUCAGAUCUGUGAGCAGAGCGGUGGAUUUGAUUAUGGCUCAUUUUGGCAGCAGCAGAGACCCAGAAGAAAAGAUGCGUCUGGGGAACAGCUCUUGGAGUCCCACCAUUGCAGGUCUGGUCCUGGAGCAUCUGUGUCCGACGAUCCAGAAUAUUUUAGAGGACGGGCUCAGGGAUCACAAACUGGAUCUCAUCAUCGGGCAGCGCCGCAACCACUCCUGGACGGUGGUGGAACUCUCCACUAGAAUAGGUCCAUCCACCAGAGUCCUCCACAGCCUGGUGUCAAAAAUCAAACAAUGUCCCCAGCUCUCGAGCCACUGUAUGAGACUGAGGGCCUUCAUAAUGGGUUUGCUUAACUUAAGAGCUUUGGAAUUCUGGCUCAGUCACUUUCAGAGUCAAAAAAAUGUCAUAACAACAUACUAUCAUUCUUGGGGGUUCCUGUCAAUGUCACUGGGCCAGUGUCAGCCCUUGUUUCAGGAACUGCUGCUUCUGCUGCAGCCGCUCUCCGUGUUGCCCUUUGACCUAAACUUGCUCCUGGAGCCCCGACUGUUGCGUAACAGACAGAUGUGUCCCGAGGAGCAGGGCGUCUCCCCACCCCAGCCGUGCUCAGCCCUCCUAGCAACCAGCUGGCCACUUCUGCAAGCCGACAGAAAGGUGGACAGCAGCUACAGCAGUCAGCAAACAAAGAUGUCACCACACAUAGGUGUGCAUCACAAAGAGUCGCCCAGUCAUCUCAAUUCACGCUCCAUCAAGCAGCACUGUGGAGGGACACAGGCUAACAGGAGUUCAUGGUUAGCUCCUAUUCCAGAGUGGUGCCAGAAAGAGCCCGACCUCAUGGAUGGUGUGGUGGAAGGGGAGGACUGCAGCCAAAAUUAUGCAGAUACUUGGUCUCAGAUAAGUAUGGACAGUGCACAAGAAGAGACGAGGAGAGAUAAAGACAAUGGGGCCCUAAAUGCGUCGGCUUGUGUCCAGGUGGAGAGCCCAUGUCAGGAUGGGCUGCGCUGGGCCAAACUGUUUGGAGCAGCCAAUUCCUCCACCAGAGCCGAGCCAGUUUCUCAGAGUCACAUCGGAGCACAAACCAGAAGACGACCAUCACAGUGGCUUCAUUUGGACAGAUCGCAGAUUGGACUGUUGGCUCAAUCCAUCAGGUCAAUGAAGAUAGUAGCAGCUCAGAUAAACAAAACCAAGGACUACUGAAAACUACGCCCUCUAUGGGUGAAGGCCUAUUUGCUGCAGUAACAACAGUUUUAACUGCUUGAUGAAUGAGGGCCAAAGCCUCUGGCUGCACCUGCUCUGUGGAAGAACUGUAAGUAGUCACUUCUGUUACUCUCCCAUGUUUUUCUUGAGGGCAAAAAUCAUAAAAUGUGAAUAUUGACCCAAAGUAGACUGUUGAACAUUCAUGUGGUACAAAAUGAUUCAUGUCUCAUAUUACACUGUCAGUCUCUUCAUAGCUCUAUCCUUCCUCUUAUUGAUCAUCUAAAAAGAAAAAAUCAAGCAAUACACUGUUAGUGGUAUAUGUGCCACACGCCAACCUCUUGUAGUGUCAGUGAUUUUUUUCAACUGUUUUUUUUUUUUGCAAAUUCCAAGCAUGGAUUUACUGUAGGUGCACGAGUUGAAAAACAUGCAGUCGGCUGCUAUAGGUGCUUCAGUGUUUCAUUUAGUUUUUUAGAUCUUUUAUUCUCUUGUAAAUGUAUUUAUAGCAGUAGAAUGAGCUUCUGGUAAUUUUCUGCCACUGGAAUUCCAAAUGUGUGCAAUAGUUUGUUAUAAUGAGUAUGUUCAUGUGAGGUUUGUUCAGUUAAUAAGCCAGCGUCGGGCUUGUUCAGGUACUUCAGUGUGUGUAAGGUAUAUAUUUUGAUAGACUGAUAGUUAGAUAAGUAAUGUGAAGUCUGUGAUAUUAUACCACAGUAUUUUCUCUUCAGCCUCUGAAUGCUUCCUCUAAUGCCCAGUGACAAUCAAACUGUUAAUAAAGA